UUAAGAUGGAAGAGGUGUGCCACCCCAAGUUAGAAGGGUUUGAGCCAGAAAGUAUUUUUAACUUCUACAAGCUUUAUUAUUGAACUCUGUCAGAGAACAGCACUAUUUUUAUUCCUUUGACAGUCUGAAUAUUUCUUGGAUGCAUGUAUCUACUCGGCAGCACUGCAGAUGAAUAUCUCUCAAAUGCACUUGAGAGUAUUGCCAAAAAUCUUAAAAUAAGUGAGACCAUAUCUGCUAUCACUUUGCUUGCACUAGGAAAUGGAGCUCCUGAUAUAUUUGCAUCAUUCUCUGCAGCAGGCUCAUCUGAAGGAAUUUAUCUCUCCUUAAGUUCUAGCAUGGGAGGAGUUCUUUUCAUUAUCGCAAUUGUGACUAGUAUUGUCAUUUUCACAGCAGGGGAUAACCAGGUGACAACUGACAAAUCAGUAUUCUAUAGGAAUAUUUUGUUCUUAAUAACUGCUAUACUUCUGUUGCUAUUCUCUGGGGUUAUCAGGCGAAGAAUUGAUUUAGCAACAUGAGCACUCUUAAUCUUCAUCUAUAUUGUAUAUAUAGCAUUUGUAGUAGUCCAUGACAAUAAAGAAGAAGCAAUGAAAGCUAAGAGAGCCUGGAUGUUUAAUGAACUGAAAGAAACUAGCUUUAAAAAGAUGAAUCGUAGUGAAUUUUUAAAUCUCAUGGAUGAUGAAAAUGCUUAUUUUCAAAAUAUUAAUCCAUCAGGUGAAAUUAGUGGAACAUCCUCAGUUAUUUAUGAAGGAGAGGAGAUUAAGCCCGAAGAGAUGCUACAUUUCUCUAUAGAAAGCGCUAAUGGAAGUAAUAACCACAAACAGAAUGGAAAUAUGGAUAAAUUAGUAGAUGGUCUAAAAGAAACUGCAUGGGCAAAUGCAAAACACGUAGUUUUUCAAAACAAUACAACGAAUGCAUCUAAAUAUAAAAGCAUGUCUUUCAUUGAAUUUCUUGCAUCAUACAUACCUCUUCGGAGGAUGACAAUUCCAAUGACAAAGAGAGAAGAGUGGAAUAGAAAUUUAGAUUCUUGAACUCCUUUUAUGUCAGUAUUAUUUUUCCUUCUUGUAUCUGGGUUGUUUAACCCAUUCAGUCCUAUUCAGAUAAUUAUCUUAUCUUCUGCUUUGUGAGUCUCUGUGAUUAUUAGGUUUAAUACUUACGCUUCUGAGCCGCCUGGAAGCCCUGUCCCAGGAAUGAUGAUAUUCCAAGCGUUCAUAAUGUCAAUAGUUUGGAUCUGGACACUCGCAAAUAUUGUUGUUGACCUAAUCACAAUUUAUGGAGAUAUCUUAGGAGUUAGUCCAUCAAUACUGGCAGCUACACUCCUUGCUAUAGGAAACUGAGUGGGAGAUGCAAUGGCAAGCUUCAGUAUCGCAAAGAAAGGCUAUGGAGGAAUGGCAAUGAUGGGUUGUUUCGCCUGCCCUCUCUUUAACUUCCUCAUAGGCCUCAGCCUGAGCUCAUCCAGGUUAUUACUCUUCGCACCAGAAGACCCUAACGAGUCACUGCUCACCCGGAGUAUAAAAUUCGACCUACUUAGCUCGAAGGCAACCGUAGUCUUAUUCGGUGCAUUAACAAUCUUAUGAAUCCUGGCUUUGUUCAUCAUCCUCGUUCCUAGGAACAAGUUUAAGUUCAGUAGCAAGCAAGCAAUAGUGAGGCUGUCGGCUUACGGCUGAUUUAUACUAGGAUUGGUGUAUUUACUGUUUACAUAA